AAACUAGCAAACAGAAGGAGUCUCUCGCGUGGGAUAAUAAUGUCCAAUACUGGGGAAGCGUCUUAGUGAAGACAAACUAAAGGGGCCAUGAACCAACUAUGCUCUCCAGACUCCAGUUUAUAUUAGUCACUGGGGGAUGCUUCUUGUUGAAGACGAAAUUAAGGGCCAUGAACUAUCUGGAGGCAGCUUGUAGCUGAACUUGAGACCCGAAACGACGUUGGAAAAAGACAUGAGAGAUUAUUUGUGAGACAUGACAAGAAAACCUAACGUGCCCCAACUGGAUAACAUAUAUAACGACACUAAGAAAACCUUCUUUCUUCACCAACAAGCCGCCUAGCUCCUUUUUCCAUGUUGAAAAAUAUCUGGAGACAAACUUCUGCCUCACAUUUGGAACCCAAUAAGAGAAAGGGGAAACCAGCUGCACUUGCACAUUAUAAUGGGAAAUUAAUUCAUAUAUAGGGGAGGCUGUCUCCAUGAGUUUGGAAGAAAGAAGGUUCCAAUAUUCAACUUCCUGCAUGGGUCAAAAACCAGCAGCCAAGUAAAGAGCUCAAAGAGAAGAAAAAGGCAAAGAAAGUUUGAUCUGAGCAAUAUGAAUCACACUAACAAUUGUUUUACAACUUCAAAAAGAGAAUGUCAGCUGAACGAUUGUUGAGUCCAGGUUGUAGCCAAGAUCUCUCUCAAAGUCAACUCUUUGAAGCACCUUGAACUCCUUUUGUAAGCUAUAUCAUAUCAUAGCCAGGCAGUACACAUAUCAAUCUUUAUUUUUGGAAAGUAAGUAGAAGCUUUAGAAGAAUGAGUGAGAUAGUCAGUACGGAUGAGAUGGUGUCAAUGAUGAGGCAGGAAAUGGAAGAGAUAGGAAGAAGCAUCAGCUCAUCUUUCAGGCUUCGGAGCUCCAGCCGAUAUCGCAAUUUGGCAUCAAAAUCUGGAAACAGCACUGGCGCUGACAAUGAGUUUUAUGCCUUGGAUUGGGCUGCCAUUGAGAGACUGCCUACUUAUGAACGAUUGAGAACAUCUCUAUUCGAUAAAGAUGAAAAUGAAGAUAUGAAUGAACACCAAAGUAAAAAGGUCGUGGAUGUUACCAAGCUUGGAGCUUUGGAACGUCGUGUGUUCAUAGAGAAGCUUAUCAAGCACAUUCAAGACGACAAUCUUCAACUCUUAUGGAAAAUUCGAAAAAGGAUAGAUAGGGUUGGAGUGAAACUGCCCACAGUAGAGGUGAGAUACAAGAACCUCUGCGUGGAGGCAGAGUGCCAGGUUGUUCGAGGCAAGGCCCUUCCAACACUCUGGAAUUCCGCUAAGAGUGCACUUUCUGUUUGCGGAAGCCUAUCGGGUUCGAGUUCAAGUAAAGCUAGGCUAAGCAUUCUGAAUGAUGUUAGUGGGAUCAUAAAGCCAGGGAGGUUGACUCUACUGCUUGGCCCUCCGGGAUGCGGGAAAACCACUCUUUUGAAGGCCCUUUCAGGAAAUCUGAAUCAAUCUCUCAAGGUCACAGGGGAAAUUUCUUACAAUGGAUACAAAUUGGCAGAGUUCGUCCCCCAGAAAACAUCUGCCUACAUAAGCCAAUGCGACCUGCACAUUCCCGAGAUGACCGUGAGAGAAACACUUGAUUUUUCCUCCCGUCUACAGGGUGUUGGAAACCGAGCAGACAUUAUGUUGGAGGUGACUAGGAGAGAGAAGGAAGCCGAAAUUCUUCCAGAGCCAGACAUUGAUGCUUACAUGAAGGCAACUUCUGUCAAAGGAUUGGAAACAACCCUUCAAACAGACUACAUGUUGAAAAUCCUUGGACUUGAUGUUUGUGCAGAAACAAUGGUUGGUAGUACCAUUAAAAGAGGUAUAUCUGGUGGUGAGAAAAAAAGAUUAACUACAGGAGAGAUGAUUGUUGGUCCAAUAAGUACAUUGUUUAUGGAUGAAAUAACAAAUGGCUUAGACAGUUCUACUGCAUUCCAAAUUGUUUCUUGUCUUCAGCAGCUGGCGCAUAUCUCAAAUGCCACAAUACUAGCUUCACUUCUUCAGCCAGCACCAGAAAUCUUUGAUCUCUUUGAUGACAUUAUUUUAAUGGCAGAACGUAUAGUUGUUUAUCAUGGACCCCGUGAAGACAUUUGUAAGUUUUUUGAGGAUUGUGGCUUUAAGUGCCCUAAGAGAAAAGGAGUUGCUGAUUUCCUUCAGGAGGUCAUCUCCAGGAAAGAUCAAGAACAAUACUGGUACAAUACUCAACUCCCUUACAUUUAUUUUACAGCUGCUAUGUUUUCCAGACGAUUCAAGGAAUCUUCCCAAGCAACGAAGUUAGAUGAGGAGCUCUCCAAGCCAUAUGAUAAAUCCCACAGCCACAGGGGUUCUCUUUCCUUUAAUGUGUAUUCUCUUUCUAAAUGGCAACUCUUUCAAACUUGCCUGUCAAGGGAGUUUCUGCUUAUGAGAAGGAAUUCUUUUAUCUAUGUAUUCAAGACAAGUCAGCUUAUCGUGCUUGCAUUUGUCACGAUGACAGUAUUUUUGCGGACUCGGAUGCAUAUUGAUGUAUUUCAUACCACCUACUAUAUGGGUUCCCUGUUUUAUGCGCUCAUCAUGCUUCUUCUUAAUGGUUUUCCUGAGUUGUCAAUGACUGUUUCAAGACUUGCUGUGUUCUAUAAACAGAGAGAGUUGUGCUUCUAUCCAGCUUGGACGUAUGCUAUUGUGUCUACUGUUCUGAAGAUUCCUCUUGCAAUCGUGGAUUCUUUUGUUUGGACAUCUCUUACUUAUUAUGUUAUUGGAUAUAGCCCCGAGAUCUCCAGGUUCUUUCGCCAGUUUAUUAUACUUUUUGCUGCGCACUUUAUGUCGACAUCUGGGUUCCGUUUAUUGGCCUCAGUGUUCCAGACUGCAGUUGCUUCUUUCACUGCUGGCUGUUUGGCAAUGUUAUUGAUCGCCUUGUUUGGUGGCUUUAUUAUUGCACGAUUCUCCAUUCCAGUUUGGUUACAAUGGGGUUUUUGGAUUUCUCCUAUGACCUAUGGAGAAAUAGCACUUUCUUUAAAUGAAUUUCUUGCCCCACGAUGGCAGAAGUUGUUGUAUCUAAACAGAAGUAUAGGAGACUUAGUACUCGAAAGUCGUGGAUUAGAUUUUGCUGAAUACUACUUCUGGAUAUCCGUUGGUGCCUUAUUUGGAUUUGCUUUAGUUUUCAACAUUGCCUAUGCCCUGGCCUUAAGUUUCUUGAAGCCUUGGGCACUGUCUCCUUCUGUUAUUUCCCAUGAAAAGUUUUCCUGGACAAAUAGAAGUGAAGAAUCCCAUGAUGGGACACAAGUGGAAGAAAACUCUAAGCAAUCUACUUCAAGCGCUGAUAAAGAAUAUUCCGAACGGAGGAUGGUCUUACCUUUUGAACCUUUACCCUUAACAUUUCAGGAUGUGCAGUACCAUGUUGAUACCCCUCUGGAAAUGAGGGAACGCCGAUUUGCUUCGAAAAAGCUCCAACUUCUUUCUGGAGUCUCAGGCGCAUUCAGGCCUGGUAUUCUCACAGCGUUGAUGGGUGUCAGUGGAGCUGGAAAAACAACACUUCUGGAUGUUCUUGCUGGCAGGAAAAGCUAUGGCUAUAUUGAAGGGGAAAUUAAAAUUUCCGGAUAUCCUAAGGUUCAAGAAACCUUUGCCAGGAUUUCGGGUUACUGUGAACAAAUUGACACACAUUCUCCACAAAUCACUGUAGAAGAAUCUGUAAUUUUCUCUGCUUGGCUACGUCUAGCUUCUCAGAUUGACUCAAAAACUAAAGCUGAAUUCGUAAACGAAGUCCUUGAGACCAUCGAGCUCGUGCGAAUCAAGGAUGACUUGGUUGGUGUACCUGGUGUUAAUGGCCUAUCAACUGAACAACGUAGAAGACUUAGUAUAGCUGUUGAGCUCGUUGCCAACCCCUCCAUUGUGUUCAUGGAUGAACCUACAACUGGUUUGGAUGCAAGAGCGGCAGCAACUGUAAUGCGAGUGGUAAAGAAUGUAGCUGAUACCGGAAGGACAGUGGUCUGCACCAUCCACCAACCUAGUAUUGACAUAUUUGAAGUUUUUAACGAGCUGAUCCUCCUAAAACCUGGUGGGUGUGUAAUCUACUACGGACCAUUGGGACACCAUUCAAGUAAAGUUAUAGAAUAUUUUGAGAAUAUCUCCAGUGUGCCAAAGAUCAAAAGUAAUUAUAAUCCGGCAACGUGGAUGUUAGAAAUCACUUCGCCAUCUUCAGAAGAUGAACUUGGUGUGGAUUUUGCCACAAUAUACCGGGACUCUGCCUUAUACAAGAAUAACAUCGAGCUUAUAAGGCAGUUGAGUUAUCCACCUCCUGGUUCAAGUGAUUUGCGAUUUCCAACACGCUUUUCACAAAAUGGGUGGGGGCAGUUCAAAUCUUGUGUAUGGAAACUGCACUUGUCUUACUGGAGAAGUCCUUCAUACAACUUGGUGCGCAUCACAUACACACUUGUGGCAUCUUUGAUCUUUGGUUUGCUGCUCUGGAGACAAGGAAAGAAAAUUGAUAAUCAGCAAAAUUUGCUCAACAUACUGGGUUCAAUGUAUAUUUUCGUACUCCUUGUUGGAUUAGUUAAUGGCGUCUUAGUCAUACCAUAUGUAGCAACAGAGAGAACUGUUACUUAUCGGGAAAGAUUUUCGGGGAUGUAUGCUGCUUGGGCUUAUUCACUUGCACAGGUGACAGUUGAGAUUCCUUAUUCAUUAAUCCAAGCUGUUGCAUUUGUGCUCCUUACAUAUCCAAUGAUUGGAUAUUACGUAACAACAUACAAGGUUUUCUGGUACUUUUAUGCGACUUUCUCUAUGUUUCUGUACAACAAUUAUCUGGGAAUGCUGCUUGUGUCAUUGACACCUAAUUUCAUGCUAGCGACAACUUUAUCCUCAGCCUUCUACACCUUAUUCAAUCUUUUCUCAGGAUUUCUGAUUCCACAACCGAAAAUUCCUAAGUGGUGGAUCUGGCUGUAUUACCUUGUUCCGACAUCUUGGACAUUAAAUGGUUUGCUCACGUCGCAAUACGGAGAUGUGGAGAAAGAGAUUACAGUAUUUGGAGAAACCAAAACAGUGGCUGCCUUCUUAGAGGAUUAUUUUGGGUUUCAUCAUGAUCGCUUACCUCUAACUGCCGUUGCUCUCUUAGCCUUUACGCUAGCUUAUGCUUUUCCUUUUGCAAUUUGCAUAGGAAAGUUGAACUUCCAAAGGAGAUAAAAUCUCUCCAUGCAUAUCGUCACUGCAUACAAGUUGCUAUAAAUUUUCAAGAACAAAGCUUUAUUGAACAACUUGCUUCAACCACACAAGUUGGAUUUACAUGUGUUGAUGCAGGUACACAACAGAACAUAAAUGUUGUUCCAAGUAUAUUUUUUUUCAAGCCUUGAAUGGCCUAGAUUAGAUUGUAUGCAAUGCAUGGUUGUUAUAUAUAUUUACAGUUAAUGUU